AUGUCAUCUCCAACACGUCGAUCAUCAGCAUUAUCACCAUCUCCUCCGCCAAAACUCCACUCUCCAAUACUUCUUGAAGCUCCUAAGGAAAGCGCUGUAGUGAGGUUCAUAAUCGCCCCCAUUACCUUCAUUUCAUUCCUCAUAUCUCUCUUGAUCAUCGAUAGCCGUAAUAGUUAUCUUCGCAUUCACCAACACUCGGAAACCCGGAAAUAUUCCAAUACUUUUAUCGGGCGCAUUCAAGAAUUCCUUCACCGAUUGAUAUACAAACCACAACCAUAUGCAUAUAUCAAAUCACCAUCUCAAGGACAGAAUGCGGGAGGGAUCAAGAGGAAGGAAGAGGAGCCAUGGCAUUGGAACACCAAACAAAAGAAAAUGAUAAAAAUGGAGGUUUCGGAUGCUUUUAAGUUGAGACAAUGGGUAUUAGUGGGAAUGGCCGUUGUCGCGACAGGAGUUGGGUUAGUGGUUUUGUAUCUUGGGAAUUGGAUAUGGCAAAUUUCGUAUCGAGAUGAUCUGGACAGCUACUCGACAUUUUGA